CGACGCCAGGCCACCCGUACAACCAUCACACAACAACGAGGUUCCAGUAGCGGAAAGUCCCUCGUCGACCCCCACGAUGUGAGUGAUGUCAAGGCCACAGACGCUGACCUUAGUAACGCCAUUCCCGUCAUACAACAGCCCAACGCCAAUCAGGACACGCUUGAGGAUCAGAUACAUAUUCUGCCCGAUCAGCCUGAGCAGAGCGGACCCAUUGACAUAGCCGCGCUCCAACAAGCGCAGGAUGAAUACAGUCGAGAGAACCCCUUCAUCAACAGCCUUCCCCUCUUUCCCGAACACAAGGAACAGCAAGAGUCGCAGGUUGAGGACAUCGUGGAACCUGACCAGGAACAGCCUCACGUGCAGCCUGUAGAUUCUGAUGCUCCGGAAGAUGACGUGCCCCAUCUACAGGAUACGGAGAUUGUCAACACUGACAUAGCUCCUGAAGAGGAGUCGGAUGUUAUAAAGGAAGGGGGCGAAUCCGAGGAGAAGAGGUCACAGGACGUAUUGAAAUCUGGGGAAGAGGGCAAAGAAGCGGACACAUUAGUGAAGUCGGAGGAAGAGGAUGACGAAACUGACAGUAUGCCAACAGAAGCAGCUGUAGAGGAGAGCGUUCAAGACUCGCCCAAAACCAAACCACCGCAUCAUCUGACCGGGAGUGAAAUCGCUGCUAAUAUGUUGCACAAUCCCGUUGAAAGUGAAAGUACGGUGCCAUACUAUUAUUACUACUACGACUACAACAAGGACGGUGGGAGAGUUCCCGGAGGUAAGCUGGCUGCUUCAGAGGAAGGCGAGCAUGAACAGGAAGAGUUAGAGAACAUCAGCGAUGAGAACAGACCGACGGAAGUGGAGACAGAGACAGAUGAGGAAGAGGGGGAUGAAGAGGAACACUCACACGAAGACUCAGAAGAGGCUGAGGAAGAGGAGACAGAUGGUGAUGAUGAAAGUGAGGAGGAAACUGAGGAUGUGGAUGAAGAAAACCAAGAAGGGGAUGAAGACACAGGCGAUGACACUGAGGAGGAUGAAGCUCAGGAAGGCGAUGAGGAGGGGGAAGAGGAAGACAGUGACACAGAAGAGGAGGAAAACGACCUUGACGAGGAGGAAGAAGGGUCACGACGAGGAAGAUGAAGGCGAGAAGGAGGAGGAGGAGGAAGAGGUUGAUGAUGAAAGUGACGAAUCCACGGACAGGACGAACUCUCAUAAAGUUAUUGCUGUGAAUGAUUACAGCCAACCCGAUCCAACAAAACAGAGAGUGCUCAUGAAACAGCCACUGGAGGGUGACAAGAAUGAGGCUGAUCUGCUGUCCUUGAAAGCUGAAACACGUGGCGCAUCCAACAGACCCGACGGUCCAGCUAUGUAAAAUGGCGACACAGAUUGGAGCCUCGUUUUCGUACUCGCUACUCUCGGCCACAACAACAUCUUAACUUAAGUUGAUUAGUGCGAGUACAAAAAGGAAGCUGGCUAAACAAAUGUAAAAAAGAUAUCUAUGUUCAUUCCUUAGAUGACUUGAGUCUUGAUGGUAUUAAGUUGUUAUUUUUCUAUAGGAUGUCAGGACAGCUGGUCUGAUAUGGUUUUGUCUCGAAUGAAAGUAGAAUGGCUAAAGACUUUAUUGUAUAUAUUAACAUUAUGACAUGGAAUAAGAACAUACUAGUAUUCAAAUAUUUAUGUGUAUUUAUCUUUCUCUGUUAAUUGUAUUCAAGUGAGUUUGUUUUGUGUUUUGUUUCUUGAUUCAACCACAAUCAAUCAUUAUGUCACUUCCGGUUCACUGGUUAUGAUAACGCUGUCGAGCAACACCAAUAUUCAUUCAACAUACAGAACAAACAAGUAUGACGGUUCUAGCAGCUUAAUAAGCAUCUACGAAUCGUAUCUUUGAACCUAAAUCUUAAACUUAAAACAUUACAUCAUAAUAUAUCCACUGUCAGAUUUGUAUUUCCGACCAACAUGGACAAAGAAACUUGGCGAACUGACAUCAAGACAUGAUGCACUAUGGACCCUGCAGACAAAUUGUCUCUUACUUCAAAAUGGCAUUUGAAAUUAAUUUCCUGUGAAGUGUACUUUAAUGAAAGUGCUACUACGGUAUCUGUAUCUGUUAAACUUCCUUCGUGAACGCUAUCCACCAAAUCGUAACGCUUUCCAGGACUGAUGAAUAGGACCUCUUUAUCAGAAUGAUUUGUAUAUGCCUUCGUGAACAGAAUUUAGAACUACAACGUCGGAAGACAAUCAGUCUCGAUCAUCUUCCGAAACAGAUUUCUAUUUGGAACGAAUGGUAAAAUAGAGAUGAAAAUUAUGUGACAUUAAACUACAUUCGACAAAAAGGGUUAGCAUAUCCUGCUCCACCGUACUUAGCAACAUGAAAUGGUCUGAUAAGCAAGCCUUUGUUAAGUCCACUGUUGAUACUGUUUUUUCUUUGUAUUCCCUCUUACCAAAUCUUUUGAAACUGGUAUUUCUUACUUAAUGGCUGCAUUCCACAUUAAAAGAACGACUAGCAUUCACACCAUUCCGACAUGAUCUGGAAGCGAUCUCCGGUCCCCAACCCUGUUCUUCAUGGACAUUGGCUAAUGUAUAAACAAAUAUCAUGCAUAAUUCACAGAAUGAUGUACACGGUGUGAUCUAGUGGCGCCUGUAUAGCAGGUGUUUGUUUCCUUCACCACGUGUGUUUAGAUUUAUCAAAUAAUAUCCAGCCUCAGUGUCACAAAUAGUUUCUAUGAAAAUCCACUUGCUGUGUAGUUUGUGACUUUUAACACGUGUUUUUAGACAUGAAUACAUUCAAUGAUUCCCUAUUACCCACCUCUGACACAAUUUAUGAUAAUUUGUUUUGGGUCAAAACCUAUCCACGUGGUCGUGUAAGUCACAGUAAACCUAUUAGGCAUUAUCAGCUAUCUAAUUUUGUAAAUAGUGUUUGAAUGUUUUUCUGGCAUUUAGUCAUUCGUUUCUUUAGAACUCUCUCCUGAAAAUUUUAGAAAUAUUUAAUACUGUGCUGUCGAUGCUUGCAGUACAAUUCAAAGAACAAGAACGACCGCUUUUGAAAAAAUGCAGGGGACCGGAAUUUGGAUAAGAAGAGUGUUUUUAAUCCAAAUGUUUGCCUCAAGGUUUCUGUCGUUUACAUUUUUCUUCGGUUAAUAUACAUAUCAGGAAUGGCUUCUGAUGUGCUAUUCCUUGUAAAAAAGGUGCAAAUUAAGUUGGUUUCAUUUCCCCUUGUCGGAAUAUUUCGGAAAAGUUUCAGACCCUUCCCAGGAAAUAAUGGUCGAUGCCCAAAGGCGCAAAAAGCGUCAGUGACGUCAUAUUGCUUUGUGGAAACCGUAGACGCUUCGUGAUCACCAUCCGGACGAGUGUAGGCUUCUAGUCAUUAUGUAGAGCAAGUUGUUGCCGACUGGCCUCGGGCGUGAUGCCUUUGGCCACUUUUCUAAUUUUAUAUCGGUAUGGUCUCCUCAACUAGCAGCUGCUAUUCUGCCCUACCCCCUUCUCCGAGUGGCGUCGUCUGUGAUAUACAUGCGUUAAACCUGUCUGUAGAUAUACAUGUUGUCUGUUGUCACAAGGGACCAAAUAAAGUUAUACUUUA